AUGGCGGAGGCGGCGGCGGCGGCGGUGCCGCAGCACCGUUUCUUUUGCCACAGCUGCAAGGGCGAGGUCAGCCCCAAGCUGCCGGAAUACACCUGCCCCCGCUGUGAGUCUGGCUUCAUCGAGGAAGUCACUGAUGAUUCCAGUUUUUUUGAUGGCAAUGCCCUGGAUGACAGCCCCUCCUCACAGUUUGCAGAGCUUUGGGACCACUUGGAUCACACGAUGUUCUUCCCGGAUUUCCGACCAUUCCUGAGCAGCAAUUCCCUGGAUCCAGAGGGUCGGGAUGUGGAGAGGGGCCCCCCAGCCGAGCUCUGGGGUCCCAGUCGCCCCCCGCGGCUUCCGAUGCCUCGCAGGUACCGGUCCCGAGGCAGCUCCCGACCCGAUCGCUCGCCUGCCAUCGAGGGGAUAAUUCAGCAAAUCUUUGCUGGUUUUUUUGCCAACUCAGCCGUUCCUGGUUCCCAACAUCCCUUUUCCUGGAGCGGGAUGCUUCACUCCAACCCCGGGGAUUACGCGUGGGGACAGAGCGGCCUUGACGCCAUCGUCACUCAGCUCCUGGGACAGCUGGAAAACACAGGGCCACCACCAGCAGACAAGGAGAAGAUCUCAUCGCUCCCAACAGUGGCUGUGACGCAAGAGCAAGUCGACACAGGGCUGGAAUGCCCGGUGUGCAAGGAGGAUUACACCGUGGCAGAGCAGGUCCGGCAGCUCCCUUGCAACCACGUCUUCCACAGCAGCUGCAUCGUGCCCUGGCUGGAGCUGCACGAUACGUGUCCCGUCUGCAGGAAGAGCCUAAAGGGGGAAGAUUCCACCCGGCAAAUGGCGAAUCCCGACGCUUCCGACAGCCCAGUGCAGGAGAGAUGGACUUUCUGACCUUUUCCUGAAAGGUUUCUGCAGCGCUCCCAGAGGGUUUCCAAAAGCCAGAGCAUCCCUGCUCGAGGUGU